AAUGUAAAAGCUGAAUAUUUUGACUUUAUUAAACACAUUGUAGAAUUUAGUCAAAUUAAUGCCUUUUUUAAAAAAGAGGAACAUUUCAUGAUUCACUUAAAUUGAAAGUUUGAAUGUAACUUGUAUUAUCAGUUUUCAAACUGCAUACAUCUGGAUAUGACUGAGUGUUUGAUUUGAGAGUUGUGCUCCUUUAACAUGUUGGUUGUUCCCAUCAGCUGGAUCCAAAAACAAAACAUUCAGGUUGUGACAGGGCAAACAUCCAAAGACACGGUUCAAGCAUCAAGACAGAAAACUGAAAACAGUCAGAAUGUAUCUGCAUGGUUGCCUUCAUUACCUGAUAUAUUGGGAGCUGGGCGAAUCGAACAAAAAUGUUGCUUUUUUACGACAUUUUAUUUGAAAGUGGAGUUAGAUGUGUGAACUGUAAAGUUUGUGGAAAUCAGCUGCUGUCGGGUGGAUAUUUGCUCUGAUUCUCAUUUACAGAGUGAUAAAAAGAAUUAUACUAUCACCUAUAUUGGGUAGGGAUUUAUUUGUUUUUAUCAUGUAAAUAUGUGCAACUUUGCAAAACAAAUUAUGUGCAUUUUUAACUGCUGAAAUUUAUCCCACAAAGCUGAACUAACUAUAAGCAUUGCCAUUUGGCUCCUCUGUUUUUGUGAGUUUGUGUGGGCGGUCAGUGUGGACUGGGGUUGGAGGAACAGCGAGUCCACUGAAAGGUUAGCGCUUCCUUCCAGAGGAAGGUUCAGAGUAAGAUGAAGGAUCUCGUCCUGCAGAUGGAGGAGGGCCUGAAGACUGCUGACCCCCAUGACUUCUCCACCUACACCGGCUGGACAGGGAUCGCCUUGCUGUACCUUCAGCUACACACAGUCUCUCACGAAGCCUCCCACCUGCAGAGGGCGCUGGACUACGUGAAGAGGGCCAUGAGAAUCCUGAAUGGCCGUAAAGUGACCUUUCUGUGUGGUGAUGCAGGACCCCUGGCUGUGGGCGCUGUGGUCCACCACAAGCUGAACAACUCUGCAGACAGCAAGGAUUGUUUGUCCAGGCUUCUCCAGCUGCAGCGCUCCGUGCUCAGUCCAGAGUCUGACAUGCCAGAUGAGCUGCUGUACGGACGAGCYGGAUACCUUUAUUCUUUACUCUACGUUAACAAAGAAAUUGGAGGAAAUACUGUGGAUGAAGCCACAAUUACAAAGGUGGUGAYGGCCAUAGUGGAGUCUGGGAGGAGCCUGUCAGCAGAGCAGAAGAAGACAGAUCGCUGCCCUCUUCUCUAUGAAUGGCACAAGAAGCAGUACAUCGGAGCCGCCCACGGCCUGGCUGGCAUCUAUUACAUGUUAAUGCAGCCUGAAGCGAGGGUUCCUCCAGACCUGCUGUCAGAGGCGGUYCGACCCUGCGUCGACUACGUCCGCAGUAAGAAGUUUCGGUCAGGGAACUUCCCAUCCUCGCUGAGCAACGAGAGCGAUCGGCUCGUUCACUGGUGCCACGGAGCGGCUGGUGUCAUCCACCUGCUCCUCCAGGCUCAUAAGGUUUUCAAAGAGGACAAGUAUCUGAAGGAGGCUGCAGAAUGUGCUGAGGUCAUCUGGCAGCGAGGCCUGCUCAGAAAAGGCUACGGUAUCUGCCACGGCACCGCCGGCAACGGCUACGCCUUUUUAUCUCUUUACAAGCUCACCCAGGAGAAGAAGCACCUGUAUCGAGCAUGCAAGUUUGCCGAGUGGUGUUUGGACUACGGGGCUCACGGUUGUCGCAUCCCUGACAGACCGUACUCUCUGUUUGAAGGGAUGGCGGGCACCAUUCACUACCUGUCAGAAAUGGAACAGCCUGAAGCUUCCUGCUUCCCUGCCUUUGAGCUUUGACCUGCCAGUGAUGGGGCUGAGGAUGAUGAGGCAGACRAAGAGGACAACUUGUGAGCUGGGGGUUCUGGACUGUAUUUAUUUGAUCUGUCAGCUUUGGUCUGACUGAAUGUUGUUAAAACCAGCAGGAUGUUGAACAGGACCAAGACCGAGCAGCGU